AUGCUCCGUGAUGAUAGAUUAAACGAUAGCGAGAUUAAAUUACUCUUGUUAGGUGCUGGUGAAUCUGGCAAAUCUACAUUGUUCAAGCAAAUCAGAAUUAUACACGACGGAGGUUAUAAUGAACACGAAUUACUUGGUUUCGUUGAUACUAUUCACUCCAACGUUCUCCAAUCUAUGCAAGCUCUUAUUCAAGCCUCUCAUGAUCUCAACAUUCCUAUUGAGAACCCAGAGAAUAGACAAAAGGCUGCUAAAAUCCUUGAAUUACAAAACGACUCACUCUUGAAUAUUAACAAGGUCUACAAUGAAGCCUUUGCCAAUGACUUGAAGGAUUUAUGGGAAGAUGCUGGUAUACAGACUGUUUAUAAACGUAGAAACGAAUUCCAAUUGUUGGACUCUACUGAGUACUUCUAUACAAACUUGAAGAGAAUCUCUCAAAAAGACUAUGUUCCUAACCAACAAGAUGUCCUCCACUGCAGAAUAAAAACCACUGGUGUGGUUCAGCUGAGGUUCGAAAUUGAUGAACUCAAAAUGCUUCUCAUUGACGUUGGUGGUCAAAGAAACGAACGUAAGAAAUGGAUUCACUGCUUUGAUGAUGUCACUGCCAUUAUUUUCGUUGCCAGUUUGAGUGAAUUUGAUCAAAAGUGUUACGAAGAUGAUAGUACAAACCGUUUGGACGAAUCCAUACUUUUAUUUGAUGAAAUUGUCAAUUCUCACUUCUUUGAAAAGACACCUGUUAUCUUGUUCUUGAAUAAGAGUGACUUGUUUUCUAAAAAGUUGAAUGAACGUGGUGUUUUCAAGAGAGUUUUCCCAGAAUUUGAAGGAGAUGACACCAAUUUGAGACAAUGUGCAGAUCACAUCAAGGACAAAUUCAUUUCUCGUGUUGAAGAUAAGGAUGAAAAGAAGAUUGAUGUCAGGAUAACAUGUGCCACUGAUACUGAGGCCAUCAAGACAGUAUUCGACAAUGUUAAGGAAGCCAUUGUCAAGAACACCGUUAUUGGUAAAAACAACUUUUAA